AUGAAAGCUUCUACCCUCGCCCUUUCUCAGAUACUUCUGCUGGCAGCUUCUGUCGCGGCAGCCGUUACUCGCGGUCAUGGACUUGCUGCUAGAGUAGCUGCGCGCGGCGAAAUAGCGCGACUGACACAUCCCAAAGUCCCUGCCGUCGACGUGAACGAAGAUGAAGCUGCCAACCGUACAAAUGUCGACUACAGCUCCAACUGGUCCGGCGGCGUUCUCACUGCACCGCCUUCGGGGACAAAAUUUACAUCAGUGACUGCACAAUUUACUGUUCCAAAGCCAUCUUUGCCCUCGGGGGCCACACAGGAUUCCUACGCCUCCGCUUGGGUUGGAAUUGACGGGGAUACCUACACCACUGCUAUUCUUCAAACUGGAGUCGAUUUUGGCAUUUCGACCUCUGGACAGAUUAGCUACGAUGCUUGGUACGAAUGGUAUCCAGACUACGCCUACGAUUUUUCUGGUAUUGAUAUCAGCACCGGAGACACCAUUCGGCUCACUGUCACGUCAACUAAUAACGACGCUGGUGUUGCCGUGAUUGAAAAUUUGUCGAACGGUCAAUCGGUCACUCAGAGCCUCAAAGCACCUUCUUCAACCGCUACUUUAGGUGGCCAGAAUGCGGAAUGGAUUGUUGAAGACUUUGAUUCAAAUGGUCGACAAGUCCCUUUUGCCGACUUUGGAACAGUGAGAUUCAUCGAUGCUGCUGCUGGUACCGAAGACGGUGGCACUGUUGGCACCUCUGAGGCUGAUCUUUUGGAUAUAUCCCAGAACGGCAAAGUUUUGACUUCUGCUUCUGCUCCUAGUGACACUGAAAUAGUCGUGGAGUGGACGGUGACGAGUAUGGGUAUAUAA